ACUCUCACUAUUAACACAAAACAACAAACCCUUCUCUCUCUCUCUCUCUCUCUGCAAAGUGCAAACUUUACUCACUUAAACUCAUUUUGUUAUUUUUUAAUUCAUUUGUUAAAUCUCACUCUCUCUCACUCUCACUCUAAAACAAACACACAAUCGAAACCAGAUUUAAAUCCCAAUCUAGAGAGAGAAACAAAACAAGACAAAACAAUACAAGCAGAAGAAUAAGAGAGAAAGAACCAAAAGCAUCUAUUCUCUCUCUCUAAACCAUCACUUUCUAGGUUGCACUUUCUCUCUCUGUGUAUAUGAUAUGUAAUGUUUGUUGUGUGUGCGUGUUUGAUUUGAAAUCUGGUGUUGUGAGCAUUUGGAUGUGUGUGAGAGAGAGAGAGAGGAGGGGUUAGGCACCGGUUAGAUCGGAUAUGGCGGAGUUUUCCGGCGACGGGGGAGGUGUGGCGACGCCGGCGGCGCUUACGGUGUCGGGAUCGUUCAAGGAAGGGAAGGGUUCGUCGAGGAGGCGCGGCUCCAUGAGGCCGCCGAGCAUGGACGCCGACGAGUUCAUGAACCUGUUGCACGGUUCGGAUCCGGUGAAGGUGGAGCUCAAUCGCCUCGAGAAUGAAGUUCGAGAUAAGGACAGGGAAUUAUCAGAAGCACAGGCUGAGAUCAAAGCCUUGAGGCUAUCUGAACGACUCAGAGAAAAGGCUGUUGAAGAGCUGACCGAAGAACUGUCAAAGGUUGAAGGGAAGCUAAAACUAACCGAAUCUCUUCUAGAAAGCAAAGUAUUGCCUGGAGCCUCUAUGCACUUUAGUAAGAAUCUUGAAAUAAAGAAAAUCAACGAUGAAAAGAAAGCAUCAAUGGCAGCUCAGUUUGCAGCUGAAGCCACUCUUCGAAGGGUCCAUGCUGCUCAGAAGGAUGAUGACAUGCCUCCAAUAGAAGCAAUUCUUGCUCCUUUGGAGGCUGAACUCAAGCUUGCUCGGCAAGAGAUUGCUAAACUACAGGAUGAUAACAAAGCUUUAGAUCGUCUUACCAAAUCUAAAGAAGCGGCACUACUUGAAGCUGAGAGGACUGUUCAGGUUGCCUUGGCUAAGGCCUCCAUGGUGGAUGAUCUCCAAAACAAAAAUCAAGAGCUAAUUAAACAGAUUGAGAUUUGCCAGGAAGAAAAUAAAAUUUUGGACAAAAUGCAUAGGCAGAAGGUUGCAGAGGUUGAAAAGCUCACCCAAACUGUAAGGGAGCUGGAAGAAUCUGUCCUUGCAGGUGGAGCAGCUGCAAAUGCUGUGAGAGAUUAUCAGCGGAAAGUUCAAGAGAUGAAUGACGAAAGAAAAACUCUUGACAGGGAGUUGGCCCGUGCCAAGGUAACAGCAAACAGAGUAGCUGUUGUGGUUGCAAAUGAAUGGAAAGAUGCUAAUGAUAAAGUGAUGCCUGUCAAACAAUGGCUUGAAGAGCGUCGAUUCUUGCAGGGAGAAAUGCAGCAGCUUCGUGACAAGCUUGCUAUAGUUGAGCGCACUGCAAAGUCUGAAGCACAGUUGAAAGAAAAAUAUCACUUACGACUUAAAGUGCUCGAGGAGAGUAUGAGAGGAAGUUCUAAUAGUAGUAAUCGCAGCACCUCGGAGGCAAGAAGUGUGAGCAAUGGUGCUUCUCGUCGUCAAUCCCUAGGUGGAGCUGAUAACAUCUCAAAAGUAACCUCUAAUGGGUUCUUGUCUAAGAGAACACCAUCCUCUCAACUGAGGCCAUCCCUAUCUUCUAGCACAAUUUUGAAGCACGCCAAAGGAACUUCUAAAUCUUUUGAUGGUGGCACAAGGACAAUGGAAAGGGGAAAAAUUCUGCUGAAUGGAACACCUCCAAGUUACUCGUUCAACCAAUCUCUUGAAGAAACCAAAGAGAGAGAGCCAAAUGACAACUGGAAAGGAAAUUCAGAUGAUAAGCCAAAUGACAUCCCAACAGUGGAUAAAGAUGACAGUGUUCCAGGUGUUUUGUAUGACCUACUGCAGAAAGAGGUCAUAGCCUUGAGGAAAGCUGGUCAUGAGAAAGAUCAAAGCCUAAAAGAUAAAGAUGAUGCUAUUGAAAUGUUAGCAAAGAAGGUAGACACAUUAACCAAAGCCAUGGAAGUUGAGGCAAAGAAGAUGAGGAGGGAAGUAGCUGCCAUGGAAAAGGAGGUAGCUGCGAUGCGUGUGGACAAAGUGCAAGAGAACAGAGCAAAGCGUUUCAGCAAUGUAAAGGCCCCUGUAAACAGUGCUCAGCAUCAGCUAAUUUCUGGAAGAAAUGUGACACGGGGAGGAUUAACACGCAGCACCCAAUGACAAUAAGUCUAUUACAGCGGCACGUGGGAGUAAACUUUCAUAGGGAUCAUUCUUCUGCCCUUCUCUGUUUUUUUCCUUUUUUCUUCCUUUUUUUGUCCACUUGAUUAUAAGAUUGUAACUGGCAUGCCGAGGAACAGUGUUGCUGAUAUUGGCUAUGGAUUGGGGAUAAGAAAACAAUUUCUGGAAUCGGUAUGCAUCUGACCUAGACUGUUAUAUCUAUGCUUAGAGAGAUCGGCUAAGAAGGCAGGCAAUGGAAGACCUUUAACUUGGGCUAACCUUUCAACUUUUCUUUGAGUGGUUGUGUGGUUGUAUAGGUAGCUUUUUCCCUCCUUUUUUGCAGUUUAUAUUUGUAAUACGCAGAUAGCGUGAUUGUGUUGGUCCAGAUUUGUUAAUAUCUUUGUAACCAGAUGGAGAUCUAAGCUUAUUUGGUUGUGUUAUACGUUCAUAAUUUCAAG